AUGAAAGCGAUUGGGAAGCUGUGGAGGAACCGCUGCCCGGCCUUCGCAGAUUCAGCAAGCCAAACAUCACCCUGGACCCAGACAUUCGCAGGCGACCGAGGCGUGUCACAACCGAACACCCCACGCGAUGCAGCUCCGGGGACCGCGUUCGGGGGGUUUACAUGCACUAAGUGUAUUGAAGUAUUAAGGUUAACUGAGAAGGUUGCUGAACUAGAAUCGCGCAUCCGAACGCUAGUUGAGGAUAGCAAAACCGCUAAUGUUACGGUCGCAAAUAAUCUAUCGAGCGAAAAGACUAAUGGCUCGGUUCCGACAUCAGAUGCUAAUAUAAAUAUUACAAAUACUGUAUCGAGCGCGCAUAGUGUUUAUCAAAAUACACAUGGCUCGGUUCCGUCAUCAGAGUCAAGUCGGCGGUCAAACUGGGUGACUGUUAGGCGGCAUAGUCAUAUAAGGCGUCCUUCUAAGACCCAUAGCGUAACGACAAUUUCUAACAGAUUCGAUCCCCUAAGGAGUAUACCAGCUGAAACACCUUUUAAAAGUGCCCUGGUCAUUGGAGAUUCUAUACUCAGGAACACUAACAUUGAGGCACCAAACACCAUAGUCGACUGUAUACCGGGAGCCAGAACGUCUGACAUUAGAUCCAAACUUAAAGUGCUGGCUAAUGCUAAGCGGAAGUUUUCUAAGAUUGUUAUUCACGCCGGCACGAAUGACACUAGGCUCCGCCAGUCGGAAAUCACCAAAGAUAAUAUUAAGGAGAUGUGUGAAAUUGCAAAAACAAUGUCAGACAAUGUAAUAUGCUCUGGUCCCCUCCCCGCCUACCGGGGAGAUGAAACACAUAGUAGAUUAGUGUCUCUCAAUGGAUGGAUGUCAAAGUGGUGCCCUCAGCAUAACGUAGGGUUUAUAGACAAUUGGAAGCAUUUCUGGGGAAGACCAUUUCUCCUAACCCGAGAUGGCCUUCAUCCGUCAUCGGAAGGAAGUGCUAUACUCACUAAAAAGCUGAUCAAUAGUCUUAAUUCUGAUAUAGUCUGACUAUCCAGGGCCCAGGUCAGGAAACAGACGGAUCGGCUUAACCGUCCAUCUUUUAGCUGCCGUGAUAUGUCAAGACCACUUAUAUCCCAGCACUUCGAGUCAAUCUUACCGAAAUAUCAGCACAUUUCAACUGUAUCUGUUCCCCGAACAAAUAAAUACAGGGCACCGCUUGUUACAUCUGGUACAAAUCUGAUUCAAAUAAAAUUAGAAAACAAUACAUUAACAGAUGAAUCUCGAAUGUUAAAAUUCGGCCUUCUUAACAUUAGAUCGCUUACCAAUAAAGAACCUAUUGUCAAUGAAAUAAUUACAGACCAAAACUUAGAUGUACUCUGUUUAACAGAAACCUGGCUUAAAGCAGACGACUACAUUAGUUUAAAUGAAUCCACCCCACAAGACUAUUAUUAUAAACACGAACCUUGAUUAAAGGGGAGAGGGGGUGGUGUAGCUACAAUAUACAACACAAUUUUUAAAGUAAACCAAAAAUCUGAGCUAAAAUUUAAAUCAUUUGAAGUAAUGUUGUUAAAUAUGGAAAUAACUGAUCGUAACCACAAACAGCUUUCUUUUGCUUUAGCGACAAUCUAUAGACCACCGGGCCACCAUGCAGAUUUCCUUAAUGAAAUAGCAGAUUUCCUAUCUGAGCUUGUAGUCACUGUAGAUAAAGCUCUUAUUGUUGGUGAUUUUAAUGUCCAUGUGGACAACCCAAAAGACGCGUUAGGACGUGCGUUUAUAGAUGUUCUAAAUUCUCUCAAUAUUAGACAAAACGUGACAGGGCCAACGCAUACUCGUAAUCACACAUUAGACUUAAUUCUGUCACUCGGACUCAAUAUUAAUGACGUCGAAAUAUCACCUCAGAGUGAUGCAGUUUCUGACCAUUACCUUGUGUCAUACACUGUACUUCUAGAUAGGAUCACUCAAUCUACAACAUGCUACC